AUGGAGGUUGGCUGCCUACAGGUCAUUGAUCUGUCCAACCAAGAGGAGGAGGAGGAGGAGGAAGCGACUGACUAUUACGACUCGCAGAGUCAGCAGUCACUGUAUCAGUUCUUGGAGAAUGGAUGCACGCUCCUGUUCAUUAAGCACUUCAAGGAGUUGACCAACCUAAUCGAGCCGCACCUCUCGUUGGUCGACGCUGAGGAGGAUGACUGGGAAGAGGAGGAGAAUGAGGAGCGCCUCCUUAACAACAUGAGACCAGAUGGCCGUCCCUUCAUCUCCCACACGAGGGUGCCUCGUGGCAUAGAGAACGUGCUACGACCAAAGAACAAACCCACUGGCAAUAUCGUCGAUCGCCUGGUGGCAUUGGCCAUAUCACACAGGAAUCGGGAGGUGCUGCAGGUGUUGUUCGACUACAACGUGCAACUCGAUCAGGUGCACGCCAACCACCUUUUUGCCGAGCACAUCAACGCGACGAUCAAAAACAAUGAUGCCGACUUCUUGGCGUUCAUUCUCCAAGCAAGCUCGAGACACCAGCACGAGAACCACAUCCAUCCCAUCACACUCGACCAGAUCAAUUGGCAGGACAUUGAUGACUACAGCAUCUUUACGUUGUUGUUUGGCAGCAUUCGCCGACUCAGGUUCACCAGCCUUCCAAUCUUCAAAUCCUUCCAGCCCAAUCUGAUCACAUCCAUUGGUUCGCCCGAAAAUGCUCUAGUCUUUGUCCAGUCGAUAUUUGUGCUCUGGAGCUGCUUGGAUGUGGACCAUGGCAUCGAAAUUCUAGUUGCAACACUGACUCAUUACAUGAAUACAGAGAUUCUGGACGUGGUCCAUCAACACUGUCCCUCUCUCUUUACCAAAAAGGAGCUGGCGCCAGCACUGGCGACCUUGUCCACCUACACAAAAUAUCAGACAUUCAUCGCAAGCAAGCAAAUCGCACAAGUGAUCCCUCUCGGAGUCAUCUUUGAGCACGCUUGCAUUAAUGGCGAUAUUCAACUGAUGCAACAAAUGAUCACAUCAUCAAGCAGUGUGACCAACAUAUUAUCGCCACUGGAAAACGCUUUGCACUAUAGUACUUUGGACAUUGUGACUUGGCUGCUGGACAACAAUGACAUUAAUGUUGAGGACAACGAAGGGUUUGUCGAAUGGAUACCUCCGUCGAUUCAAUCGUUGGCGCUCAUUCAAAGACUCUUGUCCUUUCCAAACAUCAAGUUCAAACAAAGGUCGUUCGAGAGUCUGGCAGUCGCUCACAACUACUUCCUACUUGAGUACCUCGAUGUACACUUGGAGCAAUCACGUCGGGAAUACCUAUUUGUAUUCCAGAAGGAAUCUCAUCACAUCACUCUCGACUAUACUGAUUUACUCCUGGAGUGUCUCAAGGCCAACUUGCCCAACUCCUCAAUCACUCCAUCAUUUGUUGCUGGAUAUCUGGCACGACAUCCAGAUGUGGUUAUAGAUUAUCAAAUGCUCCGUCUCGCCUUUACAGCCAGUGUCCAAGUUGGUCAACAGGUGCUCAAUCAUAUUCCGCAACCGCUCGAUCUCACCGACCUGUCCCUCAUAUCGUACGGCAUGACCAACCAUCUUGAUCUCCUCAAACAGUGGCUUGUCAGCGACACCUACGUCUUCAAGCCAGUAUACAAGCAAGGGACCACGUCAGCCCACCAAUUGGUCCACCUGUCCACCUCUUGA